UCGCCAUGGCUGAGUCCGCCCGCUGCUGCUCCGCCUGGGCCCGCUGCUUGCACUGCCUGUAUAGCUGCCACUGGAGGAAAUUCCCCAAAGAGAGGAUGCGAACCAGCAAGUGCGACUGUAUCUGGUUCGGCCUGCUGUUCCUCACCUUCCUCCUCUGCGUGGCCUGGCUGUACAUCGGGCUCGUCCUUCUCAAUGACCUGCACAACUUCAACGAAUUCCUGUUCCGCCACUGGGGGCGCUGGAUGGACUGGUCCCUGGCAUUCAUAGUGGUCAUCUCUCUACUGGUCACAUAUGCAUCCGUGCUGUUGCUCCUGGCCUUACUUCUGCGGCUCUGCGGCCAGCCUCUGCAUCUGCACAGUGUCCAUAAGGUGCUGCUGAUCUUCAUUUUGGUUCUUGUGGCCGCCGGCCUCGUGGGGUUGGACAUCCAAUGGCGGCAGGAGUGGCGUAGCUUACGUCUGUCACUGCAGGCCACAGCCCCAUUCCUUCACAUUGGAGCAGUUGCUGGCGUCACCCUCCUGGCCUGGCCUGUGGCUGACACCUUCUACCACAUCAAGCAAAGAGGUCCCAAGAUUACACUACUGGUCCUAUUUUUCGGAGUCGUCCUGGCCAUCUUCCUGGUCCCCCUAUGCAUCUCUUCACCCUGUAUCAUGGAACCCAGACACCUACCCCGCAAGCCCGGGCUGGUGGGACACCGAGGGGCGCCCAUGCUGGCCCCCGAGAACACCCUGAUGUCCCUGCGGAAGACAGCAAAAUGUGGGGCCGCUGUGUUCGAGACGGACGUCAUGGUCAGCUCCGACGGGGUCCCCUUCCUCAUGCACGACGAGCACCUGAGCAGGACCACAGACGUGGCCUCUGUGUUCCCAGCGCGAAUCAGAGACCACAGCAGCGAUUUCUCCUGGGCUGAACUGAAGAGACUCAAUGCCGGGGCCUGGUUCCUGGAGAGGCGCCCUUUCUGGGGGGCCAGUCAGCUGUCGGCCCGCGAUCGGAAAGAGGCCGGGAACCAGAGCGUGCCCGCGCUGGCAGAGCUCCUGAAGGAAGCGGCGGGCCUCAACCUGUCCGUCAUGUUUGACCUACGCCGCCCCCCGCGAAACCACACGUACCAUGACACAUUCGUGAACCAGACACUGGACGCUGUGCUGAAUUCAAGGGUGCCGCAAGCCAUGAUCCUUUGGCUUCCGGAUGAAGAUCGGGCUAAUGUCCGACAACGGGCGCCCGGAAUGCGCCAGAUAUACGGACAGCGGGGAGGCGACAGCGCCGAGAGGCCCCAGUUUCUCAAUCUCCCCUACCAAGACCUGCCGCUGUCGGAUAUCAAGGCACUGCACCAGGAUAAUGUCUCGGUGAACCUAUUUGUAGUGAACAAAGCCUGGCUCUUCUCCCUGCUCUGGUGCGCGGGGGUGGAUUCGGUCACCACCAACGACUGCCAGCUGCUGCAGCAGAUGCAUUACCCCAUCUGGCUUAUUCCCCCACAAACAUACCUGAUGAUGUGGCUCGUUACCAACUGCAUCUCCGCCCUGUUGAUUCUGUGGACCUUUCUCCUCCACGGGACCUGUAAGAAGGAGAGAGAGAGAACCGGCUUAGAAACAGCGGUGCUGCUCACCAGGAUCAACAACUUCAUGAUGGAGUGA